UGCGCCAGAUCGAUUUCCUCCGCAUUGUGCUCGCCUAGCCUCUGCGAAACUCAAUCGAAAUGGCGUCGGAAAUCGGGUUGCUGAGCAGGAGACUGCUCACCACCUGCACCAUCCCCAAUUCCUCUGUGCAUGCAGCACAAGCGUUCCGACAGCCGUUAUGGACUCAUCAGCGCGCCUUUGCGACCUCUUCGAUUCUCUCCGCUCCCCCUCGCUCCGGAUCACGAUCAAACCUCGAAGGCCUGUUCUCGAAGCCAGCCGCGACAAACUACGCCCAACCGCCACCUCCGCCGCCGCCCGCCGACGCGGCUGCCCCUUCUCAGGAGAAGUCCGAUAGUCCCUACGCAUAUGAUGCCACCUCUGACACAUUCGAUAUUUCCAAAAUCAUCGCUAUGGAAUCCGAUGAAUUCCUCAAGAAGCACUACCCUACAAGCAAGCAAGAGCCCGACCUGCGCACACGUCCACAAACUGGUCGAACGGUUCACCUUACCACCAAAACGGACUUAGCCAAGGCCCUUAAGCUUCUCGAUUUCAACUGCAAAAAGAACAAGACCAGGAAGUUUUCCCAAAUGCAGAGGUUCCAUGAGCGUCCAGGAAAGAAGCGCAAGAGACAGAAGAGUGAGAGAUGGAGGUUUCGUUUCAAGGAAGGCUUCAAGGCAACAGUGAAAAGAGUUAUGGAGCUCAAGAAUCAAGGCUGGUAGGAGCGACCACUAGCAUGUGACAAGAUGACUGUAGCACAUAGUGUCUACAAAAUGUACAAUAUGUAGAAAUCACAAAGAUUUUG